CCAGGAAGAGGGGGAGAGAAAGGAGCUGUGGACCUGUGAACCAUUGAAAAGAGAAAGUGAUAAUAUAUCUGCUGGAUUUACAGUGUAUUACCUGGACUGUUUGGACUUACCUGUUGGCUGUUUUGGACCCUGAUCUACUGAGAACCCAAUUUGUGUACCAAACCCUGCUAUCCUUGAUCGACCACGCCUGCAGCCUGGGGCGGUCCAGGCUGGAGAAACAAGCAUUCAGUUACUGUCCUGUUGGGAAGAACUCUCUCUGGUGUGAUUUUGUGUCGGUCUCCCGCUUAAUUUGUGUACAAACUCUCCUAACCUUGAAGAGAGUUGUCACACGUGGUGGAGAAUGCAGGCACACGGUGGACUGUGUGUUUUAAUGUGGUUUGAAGCGGAUAAACGGAUUAGCUAUACCGAUGGUUAGGUUAAAAAAUUUUAAAUAAAUAGUAAUUCGUUCAUGUAGGACACCAAAGGGGAGUCAGGUUUUUGUAUUUUGUUUGUUUCGUUCAGUUUGCUCUGGGAAAUGAGUAUGGAAGGAGCCAUACAAGCACUGUUACAAGCAGUGGCAGCCCAACAAGAAGCAACUAGAGCUCAACAAAUAGCUCAUCAGGAUGCGUUGCGAAUGCAUCAGGACACGCUGCAGGUCCAGCACCGCACCAACCAGCUGCUCAGAGAGGAGCAAGAGAGAAACACCAAGGAGUUAAAAGAAGGCCUGCAGGAGCUAACGGCCCAAAUUGGAGCUCAGCUGCCAGCUUCAAAUACCCAGAGGCGGGCCAAUAAUUUUCUUUAAAAAAUGACAAAGCAGGAUGAUGUUGAAGCAUACAUCACCACCUUCGAAAGGACGGCCGAGAGAGAGAAGUAGCCAAAAGAAGAAUGGGCAGGACUUCUGGCACCAUACCUAGCAGAGGACACUCAAAAAGCGUAUUUCGACCUGGAGUUGAAAGAUGCACAAGAUUACAAUAAACUCAAGGGAGAGAUCCUGACUAGACUGGGAGUGACCUAUACCGUGAGGGCACAUCGCUUCCACCAGUGGGCCUAUAGACCUGGACAACCACCCCAAGCACAGAUGUUCGACCUGAUUCACCUGGCAGAACGGAGACCCGUUCAUCCGCCGAGAUCGUCGAGAUCAUCGUACUCGACCAGUUUCAGCGAGGGCUACACCGAGAAAUAUGACGAUGGGUUGAUCAGAAUGAGCUGGCUCGAGAGGUUUCUUGCCCCGGUUGGCUCAGAAGGUGCCCAUGCCACGUCAGGCCUCAGCUGGAUCAUCAGGUUUUUACGCCUAGCCGGCUCGUCAGGCUGCUACGUCUCUGCCGGAUCAUCGGGUUUCCACGCCACAGCGGGAUUGACAGGCCUUCAUGCCUCAGCCGGAUCGUCAGGCUCCUAUGCCUCAGCAGGCUCGCCAGGCUCUCACGCCUCUGCCGGUUUGUCUGGGUUUCACACCCAGCCGACUUGUUCUUUGCCCGUGCCUUAGCCGGCCCGUCAGGGGGGUGGGUACUGUCACGCCUGCGUCCACUCUUCCCCCCUGGCGCUUGAGGGUGCCAGUCUCCCCAUUAUUGCGCACUCCUGCCACCAUCAUUACGCACACCUGCCUUCCCCCCUUCACGUGCAUCAGCGUGUUGUUGGACUCACCUGGACUCAAUCACCUGUUUAUUACCUCCCCUAUAUUUGUCAGUUCCCCAUCUCUUUUCCCACUGCUUACACAAUUGUCAUUGUGUAUCCGUGUGCUGACACUGUUUCUUUCUUGCCCUUUGUCUGGUCCUAAUUAAAUGUCAACUCCCCAUA